UUGAAAAAUGUCUUUGGAGGAAUCAAAGGUGACACACAGGGCAAUCUUCUCUCUGUUAUCUGCACAGUGGAGACUCCCAAGCCCUACAUCUCCAGCAGCAACUUAAACCCCAGGCAGGCCAUGGAGACUGUGACCUUAUCCUGUGAUCCUGACACUCAGAACGCAAGCUACCGGUGGUGGAUAAAUGGUCAGAUCCUCCCUAUCAGUCCCAGGUUGCAGCUGUCCGAAAACAACAGGACCCUCAUUCUAUUUGGUGUCACAAGGCGUACCGCAGGACCCUAUGAAUGUGAAAUGAAGAGCCCAGUGAGUUCCAGCCGCAGUGACCCAGUCACCCUGAAUCCCGUCUAUGGUCCAGACGUCCCCAGCAUUGUGUCUCCAUUCUCCAAUUACCAUACAGGAGAAAAGCUCCACUUGUACUGCUUCGCGGACUCUAACCCACCGGCAGAGUAUUCUUGGAAGAUUAAUGGGAAGUUUCUGCAAUCAGGACAAGAGCUCUUUAUCCCCCAUAUUACUACAAUGCAUAGCGGACUCUAUGGUUGCUCUGCUCGUAACUCAGCCACUGGCAGGGAACGUUCCACAUUCAAGAUGAUCGAAGUCUCUC